AGCCGCAAAGUCUUUGUUGCUUCUCUCUCUAAAGCAGGCAGCUACGUGCGAUAGCCGUCACUCUCUCUAUAAAUCUCUCGUUCCCCUCUGCAGUAAGAAAUGAGCCAAGAAUAGUCUCUGGCUCUUACCCCCGGUCUUCAUAGUCUCUCUCUCUCAACUGCUCCGGCUCUCUCUGUCUCUCUUCUGGGAAGCAAUGGAGGAUUCACUUUUACGGAGCCGUUCUGAACGAGAAGAAGAGCAGUCCAAAAAGCAUGGCCGGUGUGCCUAUCUGUCCCUGGACCGCAGUGAAGCUAAGUUGCAGGCUUCCAUUGCAGUGCCUAUGAUCGUCACGAACAUGUGCGUCUACUCCAUGACCCUCGUCCCUGUCAUGUUUGCCGGCCAUCUCGGUGAUCUCGAGCUUGCAGGCUCCACUCUCGCCAAUUCUUGGGCCUUUGUCUCUGGUUUUGCUCUUUUGAUGGUCUGAGUGGUGCACUUGAGACAGGCACUUUUUGGGCAAGGAUAUGGAGCAAAAACAUACAGAAUGUUAGGAAUCUACUUGCAGUCCUCAAUCAUAUCAACAUUUUUCAUUUGCAUCGUGGUGUCAGUUUUAUGGUUCUAUGCUGAGGCAAUCCUCGUAUUGCUUGAUCAAGAUGCUGCAGUUUCAAGAAUGGCAUCCCUGUAUUUGAGGUGGCUGAUUCCAGGAAUAUAUGCUUAUGCUUUCCUGUAAUGUUUCACAAGGUUUGGUCUUGUGCUCCAUUAUCCCAUUGGCUAUUGAAGUAGCUAUGACAUAUUUCAUGGUGUAUAAAACUUCUGUGGGCUUCAAAGGAGCUGCUGUGGCUACCUCAGUGUCUUUCUGGCUCAGUUUUUUGUUGUUAGUUCUGUAUGUUAGUAUUACAGAGACAUUCCAAGACACAUGGCAAGGGAUCUCCAUGGAAUCAUUGCAUUAUGUCUUUCCUUUUUUGAAAUUAGCCAUCUCAUCAGCGGUCGUGGUAUGGUAAGAAUCUAAUUUUAGUCUUUCACCUCUGGAAUGUUCUAUGAAAUCUUUUGGUUGUCUAAUAAUGAGUAUAUAUCUUCAAUUACCUAGUUUUCUGAAACACCUGUCAUGAUAUAACCAUGUCUUAACAUGGAAAUCCUCUUAAUAUUUUCAUAUUUAACAUGGUCCCCAUUCUGUUAUAUUAUAUGAAUUUCUUCAUAAAAUCCUCUAUCAAUGUGAUAUCCUUGAAAUCAACCAUGAAAGUAAUUGAGUUACUAAAAAAAAAAAAGACCACGAAAGUAAUUGAGCAACUGUGAUAUUUUCGAAGCUUGUUUUGCGAAGUUUAAGUACGGGGCUUAAGAGUUUAACUAGUUCAGUUUGUCAUUGCAUGAAGUGAGUUUUUAUGAAGUAUGGUGCAUGGAGAGGGGAUAUGGUGUUUGAAUUAGGCAUGCAUGGAGAGGAGUAUAGCGCGGUAUUUCUAGGCUUGAAAAUGAAUUUUCGGUAAGGCGAAAUUUAGGAUGUUGGCAUGGGAUGGUCCUAGAAGGGGUUUAGUUCAAGUUCCUACGAUUUCCCGGGUUUUUUGGUUGCCUGUAAUUCCCUCAGCCAGGAAAGGGCUUCUAUAAGGAUGGGUUCAAGCAAGCUGGAUAGCAUUGUUCCAAAAAACACCUUGACUAGUGCCACGACGCCCAAAGACCCUAGGCCUGAGCGCUUUUGGGUCCUAGUUCCUGGGCACCCGUGGGUCCUAGUUCCUGGGCACCCGCCUAGGCAGUGCUGA